AUGUCAUGCACGACUAGAAGUCUUGUGCUGACGUCAGUUCGUAUAGAGCGUCACACUCUUCUUGGCAACUCCUCCAUACUAGAGUGUCACUACGACCUUCAGGGAGAGCCCCUAUACUCUGUCAAGUGGUACAAGGAUGGCAACGAGUUCUUCAGGUUCCUGCCUAAGGAUGUCCCACCCAAGCAGGUCUUCCCACUGAGUGGCGUUGAGGUCGAUGUGGAUCGUUCGAAUGCCACUCAAGUAUGCCUGAUCAAGUUGACAUUGGCGAGUACAGGCAGAUAUAGAUGCGAGGUGUCAGCGGAAGCUCCUUCCUUCCAAACCGUCUCGGACCACGGCGACAUGCAGACAGUUGCAAUACCCAAGGAAGGACCACGCAUCAUUGGAGGCAGACCUAGAUACCAACUCGGAGACACGGUUAGGGUAAACUGUACUUCAGGACCUUCCCGACCAGCCACCCAGCUCACUUGGUUCAUCAACGGAGAACAGGCUAACCAAUCGUACGUGGUUGGGCCAAUCCGCAAGCCUCACAAAGGGUUUGAAAUGGUGACUCUGGGACUAGUGUUCCGUGCAGAACCUCGCCACUUCAAGCGAGGAGAUCUCAAACUGAAAUGUCUGGCCACCAUCGCCACUGUCUACUGGAGAACGAACGAAGAGAGUGUGGAGAGUGACAAGCAUCACAAGUCUCCAGCCUUGGAGAUGAAGGAUACGGGCAAGUCUAUAGCAGACAGAGUACGAGACCUUACAUGUUUUAUUGCCAAAGUGGUUUCAAAAUGGGUGAAGGGAAGUCUAAAGGCCCCUAUUAGUCGUGAGCAACAUGUGGCGCAGCUAGUGGAGCCGCCGGUGGAGCCGCCGGUGGCCCACAGCGUUUUGGAACCUGGACACUAG